AUGGGCUCGCGUGAGAGUUCGAAACGUCGGAUAAGUAAACAAUUGGUCCCAGCGAUCGCCUUCCCAUCUUCUUCUAUUCAAUUACCUGGGCCGCGCGUGUUCUCUAUCAUUCGGAAUACAUUCGGGCGCGAAGCGCUUAAAUCAGCACGUCGUUGGGAGUCCUUCUCCUGUCGACAGGCUUCAACGUACGCUCAAAUGAGGUUCCUACACAGCUGCCUAGACUCAAACACUCUGCCGAGAUGCCUCUCAUAUAAAUCUCCUGUCAACACCGAGCUAGGUAUGCGAACAGUUCUACAACACGGACGCAGAAUGAUUCGGGUUCUAAUCCAGGAUUGUCAUCUUCGACUGCGCAAAUACAAGGCAACAAUCGAGGAAGAACGAACAAAAUGCUCACGGAUCCUUGGAGAAUUGCUGACAAACGACCUUCACCGUGGCAUUUCUCUCAGUGCCAGUCGCAUUCGCGAUGUGCGUGAAGCCAAACUGAAGCAGAAGUUGACCACACUAAGUGAAAAGAAUCCAAACCUCUGCCAUGAUAAGGUUGUGCACAACCUAUCUUCCAAACAACUGACAGCAGAGCAGAUGAAAGUGCUGAGUCAUGAUGCCUGCUUCAAUACUACGGAUGCCCAACCACUUGACUUCAUCGCCGCUGCGGAAUCUGUCAUUCGCGAAGCUCCAAUUACUGAAGAAAACAGGAAUCUGCUACGACAGCGAAUAUCCUCCAGACUCAUGUCCCACAGGCAACGCAAGACACUUUCAAAAGCAGAAGACGAAGCACUCCGGACGUUAAAGGCUGACAAAAGCAUUGUCAUACUCCCAGCCGAUAAAGGACGAUCGACGGUUGUAAUGAACAAAGAGGACUACACCAACAAAGUCGAUGAACUUUUGGGCGACAGAACUGCCUACAUUCCUCGUGAAGGCGACACGACGAAGACGCUAAUAAGCGAAAUCAAUAAGGACCUAGCGAGUCUUCGGAAGUCAAAAGCAAUAACACAGCUUGACUGGCUGAGGAUGAAACCAAAGGAUUCAGCGAUCGCGAGAUUCUAUGGUCUGCCCAAGGUCCAUAAACCAGGAACUCCCCUACGGCCGAUUGUUUCUCUAAGAGGCACCCCAAUGUUUGGCCUGGCCAAGUGGCUGUUCCAGCGUCUGAAAUUUCUAACCCAGGGUUCUGAAACAAGCGUCCACUCAGCCGAAAGAUUCAUCGAAAAGCUGCAAGGUAUACGACUCACAGAUGACGAAGUGAUGGUUUCUUUCGACGUGAUAUCACUUUUCACUUCCAUCUCACAGCAUCUGGCGGUUGAAACCCUGCAAACCUUGUUGGAAGAACAAUAUGACGAAACGGACAAGAAACUGAAGAUAAAACACCUUAUUGAUCUCCUGAAGCACUGCUUGAAGACUUUCUUCACCUUCAACGGAGCUGUGUACGAACAAGUUAAAGGUACACCCAUGGGGUCACCGUUAUCCAGCUUGAUUGCUGAGGCAGUGUUACAGCGACUCGAGGCACUGGCUUUCGAUCACUAUCGACCACGACUGUGGUUACGGUAUGUCGAUGACACAUUUGUCAUCAUCAAUCGGGACAAGAUUGGGGAAUUCACGCAACACCUCAACUCGAUCUUCCCAGACAUCCAGUUCACGAUGGAGGAAGAAAAAGAGUGCCAGUUGCCGUUUCUGGACGUACUAGUUCAGAGAAAAGGUGAUGGUGCAUUAAAGACAACGGUUUACCGGAAGGCAACGAAUACCUCCCGUAUUCUAAGCUUUCUUAGCAACCACCCUCUCUCGCACAAACGCAGCUGCGUGAGAACACUCUACCGGCGCGUAGAACCCCAUUGCAACGAGCCAGCCGACAAGAAGGCUGAGGUCCAGUUCCUGCGGAAACUCUUCACAGCGAACGGCUACCCUGGGAAUUUUGUCGAAAAGUGCAGGCGAGAAACCCGGGGAAGACAACCGAAGGGACAACCAAAACCGAAAUGUUGGCGCGCAGUGCCGUACAUAGCCGGUGUGUCAGAGGAAUUCGCUAGAUUGAUGAGCGAAUUUGAGAUUGGUGUCGCUCACAGACCUGAUGCAACAAUACGCCGGCAACUCAUGCACCCUAAGGACCCGAUUCCUAUCAACCAGAAAUCGGGGGUCAUUUACCGGAUAGACUGCAGUUGUGGUCAAGCCAAUUAUGUUGGCGAAACCGGCAAACAAGUACGCACGAGAUUGCACGAACACGAGUUGGCUGUGAGACGGAAGGACAAACUCUCCUUGGUAGCCGCCCACGCCUCCACGCCAGGACACGGCUUCGACUUUAAGUGCGUGAGAAUAUUGGGCCAGUCGGACGACCGAGUUGCUCGCCUGCUGCAGGAAACAUGGCAGUCAACCGAGGACUCGAUUAAUCGACAUAUCGAUCUGCCAAUCGCCUAUCAAGCACUGCGAGAGCAAAUCAGCAACGCAGCUAGAGGUCACCCCCGGCAGAAGUGA